AUGUUUAGAAAGCCUACCGACAUUCGCGGGAAGCAGCGUUUGUCAGGAGCGGACGGAAAGAAGCUUCGGCGAAAAAUUCAAGACAAGUAUCCAGGCACCACCGACGAACAGCUGGAGGCGAUCCUGCCGGCCAAGGCUGACGUGGCGGUGACGAGGCUGGUGAAUCGCGUGCUGGUGUACGGACUCGAGAACGGUCUGCCCAUGCUCUUCGAUUGCGACGGCCGCGGCACGGAAAUCUACCCCACUGUGUUUGCGCUCUGGCGUGUACCCGACCUGCUGCCAUCGUUUCUUCUCACGGGCGAGGAGGUUUCCCGCUAUCUUCUUUCAGGGGCUGACCUUAUGGCGCCAGGCGUGAAGGUGCCUGUCGAAGGUUUGCCAGCGUUCCAACGAGGGGAAGUGUGGUCGGUGAAGGUUCCAGGGAACUCAUGCCCCAUUGCUGUGGGCAUCACAGUGUUAGGGAGGGAAGAGGUUAUCCAGGCAGGCAUGCGAGGAAAGCUCCUCAGAAUAACCCACUCUUACCGCGACUCGUUAUGGGAGUCUGCAAAAGGAUCAUAUGUGCCCAACAAGGGCUUCCUGCCAGAUAUGGUUGCUUCUGACCCUGAUGCACAGCCCACGCUGUUGGAUGCACCACCUGCUGUUGCACCUGAAGAUUUCCUUAAAGAUUCACCUGAAGGUGACUCUGGUGCUGCUGCAGCUUGUGGAGGAGAGAGUGAGGGUAGGAGUGGUUGGGAGGGAGAGGCAGCACCGGUGGCUAGUGAGGGACUAGCAGCAGUGGCAGCAGCAAGAGGAGGAGAGAGAGGAGUAGGGGAAGGAGCUACAGCAGGAGCAGAAGCGACAGCAGGAGCAGAAGGAGCAGCGGAAGGAGCAGUAGCAAGAGAUUUAUCAGAGCACCUAUCAGAGUCCCUGCAGGAACAGUGCAUCCGUGGCAGUGCUGUUGCUGCUGCUGUUGCUGCUGGUGAUGGUGAUGCUGCGUCAGCUGCUGCUACUGCUGUUCUGGGCAGGGAGGGAGAUAUAAAAGCAGCUGGUGCAGGCGACGAGUGCAUACGUGCAGCAGCACCGUCAGCACUGACGCCAGCACAAAUGGAUGAGCUGUUGGAUCUGUGUCUGCUGCAGGCCCUCUCUGUCUCUGUCAAACCCUCGCACCUGCCCCUGCCAGCCAGCUCUCUCUGGUCCAAUCACGUGCUGCCAUGUCGGCCGCCCGGCACAACAGUGGACAUAAAGAAGUCGUCUCACAAGAAGCUGAGCAAGUGGCUGCAUGCCAAGGCGGUUGAUGGGCUG